AUGUCUGAUUUUCCACCUAAUGUGUCGAUAAGACCGUUGACUAUUGAAGAUAUUGAUCAAUGUAUAGAGUUGGAAAAGAAAGGAUUCCCAGAAGAAGAGAGAUGCACGCCUGCCAAAUUUAAAUACAGACUAACCGUGGCACCAGAAUUGUGUUCAGGUUUAUUCAUUAGAGAUUACGAUUAUAAAUACAAUUACAUCAACUUACCAGAAGUUGCUAAAUCACUCCAAGAGAAACACGAUGCUGAAGAGAAGCGAGACCCAGAAACGACCAAAGAAGGAGAAACAGACGAUGAGGAAUUUCCUGAAAAGUCCUCCGUAGUUAAGGAAACCUUGAUUGGCCAUAUCAUAGCCACCAAGGUAGAUGGUUCAAGAAUCACUGAGGCUUCUAUGGAACUCCCAUCUAAGGAUAUUAAGGGUUCCGGACACUGUGAGUCAUCUAGAUACAUCGGAAUACACUCGGUUGUAAUUGCCCCUAAAUGGAGAGGCAAAAAUUUGGCUGCGUUGUUAUUGCAUGAUUACAUUCAAAAAUUGUCAAACCAAGACAUGGGAGACCAAGUGGUUCUUAUCGCUCACAAGGAAUUGAUUCCAUUUUAUGAGAAAAUUGGCUUCAAUAAUAUGGGUGAAAGUGAAUGCAAGUUUGCCGACACUACGUGGUAUGAUAUGGCUAUAGAUUUAGUGCCUGCUGAUGAUCUUUGA